CCGCCCAUCACACUACGGGAACAACGGGAGGACACAUUUCACCGUGAACAGCCAACAUGGCUUCGCUCUGUGUCAGUGUGUGUCAGCUGCGUUGUUUUGUAAGGACCGCCAGGUGUGUGUACGGGCCAUGGACGAAGACGACAUUUGGCUCACAGAGAAGUUAUGCCACGGAGGGAGACAGCAGAAUCCCCAAAAUUUAUACAAAAACUGGAGACAAAGGGUUCUCAAGCACAUUCACAGGAGAGAGGAGGCCAAAGGAAGAUCACAUUUUUGAAGCAUUAGGAAAUACAGAUGAACUGUCCUCAGCUAUAGGCCUGGCAAGGGAGUUCUGCCUCGACAAAGGCCACACAUUUACCGAACAGCUUGACAAGAUACAAUGUGUUUUACAAGAUGUGGGCUCCAACAUUGCCACCCCCCGGUCAUCUGCAAGAGAAAGUCACAGAAAGAGGACCAAAUUUACAUCUCAGCCUGUUGCAGACCUGGAGAGCUGGAUUGAUAAAUUCACAGAGGAGCUCCCCCCACUGACUAACUUCAUAUUACCGUCUGGAGGGAAGAGCAGUGCUGCUUUGCAUACAGCUCGGACAAUUUGUCGCAGAGCAGAGCGCAGUGUUGCUCCUAUUGUGCGCUCUGGAGAAGCAGAUCCAGAUGUCGCCAAAUAUUUGAACAGACUGAGCGACUACCUGUUCACUGUGGCCAGAUAUGCAGCCAUGAAAGAGGGCAAAGAAGAGAAAAUCUACAAAAGACCUGAAUAACCACCAGACUAUUGUGCCAGGAUGAAAACAGGAACCUCUGUCUAUUAAUGUGGAAAUUAUUUAUAAGCUGCAUUUGCUUUGUAAAUAUAGAACAAUAACUCUGCAGGUCCAAAUAGAAAAUGUUUUUUAAUUAUUCAUGAAGGUUCUCUCGGAGAACAAUGUGAUAAUGUGGUUACAGUGUGUGUAACAUUCAGUAAAUACAUUUAUACAUCAAAAA